CUAAAUUUUUCUGCACAAAUCUCAUUUUCUUAUGAUGCUUCGAAAAAUUAGUUUUGCAUAAUAUUUUCAUGUUGGGAUUUAAGAUCUUUUUGUAUAUAUAGGCUUCUAGAUUCUUAUGUGAAACUCAACAAAUCCUGAUGCAAAUCCACACGAUGACACUCUAUGAGCUAGGACAACAAAAAAUUUAAAUGGCCCAAUUAACGUGAAAAAUAGUAAUUUAACAUGAAGAUUUGGAGUUUGGCGCCAUUAACAUUGGAUAGCACCUCCAAAAGUAAGAAGCAGUAGGCUUUGCUGUUAGCAAAAGCAAGGGUCAGGAUUAUCGCGAAAAAGCUAAUUAGUGACAUAUUGCUGCCUCACUAAGAUUCUUCUCCCUUUUUAUUUUUAUUUUCUCUCACUUCCUUUCGGCUCCUCCGCGGCGCUCCUUGUUCGGUGCAACAGCAAUCGCUCGCAAUGCCAUGCGUGCGAGCUCCAAUCUCCUGAUCCCAACCCAACCCGCAAUCCCAAUCUGACUCCACCUCGAACAGGAAUCCGUCUCCACUCCCCGAUUCUCCGGGGUUGUUGCGGCAGGCACUAUCAAUCUGCGUGGGGUUGGGGUUUAACUCGACCGCUCCGAGGUCCGGCCUUCGUUUCAAUCUGCCAAGAACUCGCAAUACGGGAGCGGAGAGGAAGGAAGCAAAUCAGCGCUGGUUCGUAGCGGCGAAUCGUGUUCCACGCCGCCCUUAAAUUGCGAGCGAUCGGAGGAGGCAGGGGUUUUUGUUUCUUUCUUUUUCUCUGACCGGCGGCGACCAGGGGAGAGUCCAAGCAGUGGAGGAAGUGCCGCCGGUGCUAGUUCCUUUGGUUGGUUCGAAGGGGGGAAGGCGCGAGGAACAAGGGCGAGGGAUGGGGUGCUUGCUGUGCUGCCUGCGCGGCAACGGUGACCCGGAGGGAGGAGUCUGCUGCUUCUGCCUGCCAUGGCCUUUCCUGAACAACAGCCACUCGGGUUCUGCUGCUCGUCAAAGAGGGGAUACACGUGUCGCACCAGAUCAUGGAAGGCUUCCUCUUGUGGCUAGCACUGCUACAGGGCAAGUGGAUUCAAUGGAUACUUUCCACUCCCCUCCAAGGCCUUUGCCUUAUGAUGAUCCUCAAUUCAGCUCUCAGAUUGAGCAACACCCAGUAGUGUCAGGACAUGACAAAGCGUCAAUGCGGUUCCAGAAACCUGGUCAACUUACAGAAAGCCAGAUUACUGAUACCGGAUCAACUUGCACAGCUCAAAAGCUUGACGGAUCAUCUGUAAAGUACCAUUCAGGAGGCCCAAGAACUGAUGGAAGACAAGCCUGUGUGUCUUCUGACAAUGAGGAUGACUGUCCAAUAUGCCUAGAAGAGUAUCAUUAUGAGAACCCGAAGAUUGCGUUGCAGUGCAAUCAUAAUUUCCAUCUUAGUUGCAUUUACGAGUGGAUGGAAAGAAGUCAAGCUUGCCCUGUUUGUGCAAAUGUAAUGCUGUUCAAUGAGGACGAAUAACCUCGCUGCUUCAGAUCGUCACCGAUGGCAAGUGAAGACCACGCUAAAUCCUAUAUGUUGUGUACAUAGCGUUGAUGAAAUCCAGUCACUAGAUUAUUUGCUGAAACUUCCAGCGGCGCCAAGAUUCAUUUUUUUCUCUCUUUAUAGAGCAGAGAAUCCCCCCUUUCUUUUUGACAAAGUUGAUGGUUUUGUGCCAAUUUACGUGAUGGGUCAUUGCUGUUACUUGUGCGCGGGUGAUUGCAUUAGGUUAACAUGCUGAAAUCUGACAUUCUGGAAACCUCACUAGUCCCGAGUUUGUGUUUGAUGUUUGAAAUGAAUUAACAAGAAACAGAUUAGUGGCCAUUAGUGCCACCUCUUGUCAAUGAUAUGCAU